AUGUCAAGACGCAGACGCUGUGCUUUUGAUUCUGAUAAUUUAGAUGAGUAUAUAUAGCUUGCCACUAUUGGGUAGAAUUAGACUAAUCUUUUUUAUGAUGACAAAAAGUUAAAAUGGGUUAAUGGAUUGAAAUAAAUUAAUGAUUAAGAGUACUCCACAAAAUAAAUUGAAGGAUUUGAACACGGUCAUAAUCAAAUUGAUUAUAUUGAUACGUCUGAACUUCCUCCCGAUAUUCAUUUGAAAUCAAGUGAUGAAGUUAUUACUCAUCACAUUAUGAUAUUAGGAGAUAUCAAUGAAUGUAUAAAACAAUCUCUUACUAUGUUCUGCAUGUAGAGUCGUAAAAAUAGUAAUGAAGAUUUCAAUGAGGAAUUGAUAUCUCCUUUGAAAAAUAAACUGUGUCUUGAUUUAGCGAUAAAAAGAAUACAAGGGAAGGAUUCUGUUCAUAUGGUAAAGUUUCUUAUGCAUGAUACUUCUAUUUAGAAUUAUGCUCCUAUUAUCAAUGUUUACUUUCUCUAAACUGCUAUUUACAUCUUAGCUUUCGAUCUUGAUUAAUAAGAUUUCUAACCUUAAAAGGAGCAAGAUAUGAUUUCUUACAUAAAGUAACGAGCUGUUAAUGUGAAACACAUCUAUUCAGUCUAUCUUACUGAAUCAGAUAUUUCUGAUCAAAGAGCAAAUAAAUAUUAUUGUAAUAGGUGGAAUAUAGGUGCCAUACUCUCCUAAAUUAUUGAAUAAGUUAUUAGUUAAUGAAACAUAUACUUUUAUCUUUUUUAUUAAAAUUUC